GGCAUAUAUGAGGUUGUUAAUCAUGUGAUAAUGCACAACCAUGAUUUAACUAGAAGUCAAUGGCACUACUUGCAUAGAUCUGAAAGGCAAAUAACGGAAGAGAAGAGGGAGGCAAUUGAAACUAUGCAAAAAUCUGGUCUGUCAUCCACGGCUUCCUUUAACUACAUGGCAAUUGAAGCUGGAGGUGAAGAAAAUUUGGGACACUCGAAGAAAGACCAUCUAAAUUACUGCACGAGGUUAAAAAUGAAGCAAAUAGAAGGAGGUGAUGCACAAGCAGUAACUGACAUAAUGUAUUUAGAGCUUGAAGGUGACCCAAACUUCUUUUUUAGAUUUAGAUUGGAUGAAAAAGGUAAAUUGAGGAGUUUGUUUUGGAGGGACUCUAUGAUGAUGGAAGACUAUGGAAUUUUUGGAGAUAUAGUGGUUUUUGACACGGCGUAUAGAACAAACAGGUAUAACCUAAUUUGUGCUCCAAUAGUUGGAAUAAACAACCACUGGAACAAUUGCAUGUUUGGUUGUGCAUUCAUAGGAGAUGAAAAGAUUGAGUCGUUUGUGUGGCUUCUACAAACUUUCAAAAAGUCAAUGGGGGGAAAAAGUCCAAUAUCAAUCUUUACAGAUCAAGAUGCAGCAAUGAACAAUGCCAUCAAUCAGGUCUUUCCAGAUUCAAGACACAGAUUAUGUGUAUGGCAUUUGCAUCAGAAUGCUAUUACCAGAUUUGGGGCAUUGAAACGAGAUCCAACUUUUAAGAAGACAUUCAACUAUUGCUUGUAUAAGUGUGUCACAGUAGUUGAAUUUGAAACCAAUUGGAGAUCAAUGCUGCAACAAUAUGAGCUGAUAGGGGAAGAGUGAUUUACAAAUGUAUACGAUUUGAGAGAAAAAUGGUGCCCUGCGCUAAGCAAAGACUUCUUUUCAGCUGGGAUUUUGUCUUCACAACGAAGUGAAAGCACUAAUCACGCCAUCGGAUUUAGAGCAAACAGAACAACCAGUUUAACUGAUUUCUAUAGAUUGUUCAAAGGUACAAUACAACGUUGGAGAAGUACAGAAAAGCAAGCUGAAUUCUCUUGUAGUAAAUCGGUUCCAUCCUCGGCUUUACCACUAUCUGGAUUGUUGAAACAUGCAUCAGAAGUUUACACGUUGUCACUAUUCAAAGACUUUGAGGAGGAAUUUGGAUAUUCAAUUGCAACAACAGCAAAAUUAAUUUGGAAACAAGAAAAUACUGAGUUCUAUGCUGUGUCCAUUGAUGAAGAACCUUGGUCUGCACAGAGAGUAACAUACAUCCACGAGAGCCAAACAGUAUCAUGUACGUGUAAAAACUUUGAAGCUUCAGGAUGGUUGUGCUACCACUGCAUUAGGAUAUUGCACCUUCAUUCGGUUAACCGGAUUCCAGAACAGUACAUCAAAAAGAGGUGGACAAAAUCUGCCAAGUCAUCAGUUUGGAACAAAUUAGAAAAUGAAAAACCAGAAGAGGUGCAGUACACACCUUGGCGCCAAACCAUGGCUAGGAAAUACUACAACCUUAUCUUGAAAAGCCAAUCAAAUGAGGAGACAAGAACCCUUAUGGAGGAUGGUUAUGCCGCUAGUGUGUCUCUGGUUGAUGAACUUCUAGCGUCAUUAAAUGUUUCAAACACUGACGACGCUUCAACCACAGAAACAAGUGCAACAGCA